UCUCUUAAAUCGAGGGGUGAUAUCACGAAAGAAGAUACUGUGUUCAAAUCCGGGUAGGUGAAUGUUUUACGAAAUUCGACUCGAGUAGAGAGCAAGGGAAAGAGAAAGUGAAAAGGAAAAGAAGAUAGAGGCGCGGCGCGGGGCGAUGGAGGCGAUCGAGCAUCAGAUGAUAAACACGAAUGGCAUCAAAAUGCAUGUUGCGUCCAUAGGCACAGGCCCUGUGGUUCUUCUCCUCCAUGGCUUCCCGGAGCUGUGGUACUCGUGGCGGCACCACCUCCUGUACCUCUCCUCCGUAGGUUACCGGGCCAUUGCGCCGGACCUCCGCGGCUACGGCGACACCGACUCCCCGCCCUCUCCCGAGUCUUACACCGCCUUCCAUCUCGUCGGCGACUUAGUCGGCGUCUUGGACGAGCUCGGAAUCGACAAGGUCUACCUGGUCGGCCACGACUGGGGAGCCUACGUGGCCUGGUACUUCUCCCUCUUCAGGCCCGACAGGAUCAAGGCCUUGGUCGCUCUCAGCGUCGAGUUCUUCCCCAGAAAUCCCAAAAUUUCUCUCAUCGAGUCUUACAGAGCGGCCUACGGUGAUGAUUUCUACAUGUGCAAGUUUAAGAUUCCAGGAUUGGUAGAGCAAGUUUUUGGGUACAUGGACCCUGCGGAGCUGUUCAAGGGAAUAUUCUCUAAUAGAAGCACAAAUCCUUUAUUCAUGCACGAACAGAAUAACGCCGCCAAACUCCCUUCUUGGCUGACCGAACAAGAUAUCAACUAUUAUGCUGACAAAUAUAAACGCAAAGGCUUCACUGGUCCACUCAACUACUAUCGCGCUUUCGACCGAAGCUGGGAGCUGACGGCGCCAUGGACGGGAGCACAGAUCCAGGUGCCUGCGAAGUUCAUCGUGGGGGAUUCAGAUCUAACUUACCAUUUCAAAGGGGCCAAGGAAUACAUCCACAAGGGGGGGUUCAAAAGGGACGUGCCAUUUCUGGAGGAAGCAGUGGUGAUGGAAGAUACUUGUCACUUCAUCAACCAAGAAAGGGUCCAUGAAACCUGUGCUCACAUCCAUGACUUCAUUAAGAAAUUCUGAAACUCCCAAUUUCUGUUGGGACUUUUAAUUCUACUUUUGAUUACUCUUUUUUUAAUUUACUAUGGCUUGGAAUUCGUGUUCAAACAGUGGCCGGCCGAUCCGGUUCGGUAACUUUCUUUAAAAUUCAAUAAAGAUAGUUUAUCAGUACCCAA